CGCCGGCGUUCCCAGCAAGCACUGCGGCAAAGCCAGCGGAAAAAAAUAGAGUCCGGUAACCGAGGGGCGCCGAGUCGGACGGGAUCGGCUAACUGGUUCGCUCUCAAUACAGAAGAAAGAAAAAAAGUGAAAUAUAUAUAUAUAUAUAAUAUCUUAACGGUUCGACAUGGCCGACAACGAGAAGCUGGACAACCAGAGGCUGAAGAACUUCAAGAAUAAGGGCCGGGAUUUGGAGUCGAUGAGAAGGCAGCGGAACGAGGUUGUAGUGGAACUGAGAAAGAACAAACGAGACGAACACCUCCUGAAGCGAAGGAACGUUCCCCAUGAAGAUAUCUGUGAGGACUCUGAUGUGGAUGGGGACUUCAGAGCACAAAACACCUCUUUAGAAGCAAUAGUCCAGAACGCCACCAGCGAUAACCAGGGUGUGCAGCUCAGUGCAGUGCAGGCCGCACGGAAGCUGCUGUCCAGUGACCGCAAUCCGCCCAUCGACGACCUGAUCAAGUCUGGGAUUCUACCCAUAUUGGUCCACUGCCUGGACCGAGAUGACAACCCGUCGUUGCAGUUUGAGGCAGCCUGGGCUUUGACCAACAUCGCCUCCGGAACCUCGGAGCAGACACAGGCUGUCGUGCAGUCCAAUGCCGUCCCCCUAUUUCUGGGACUGUUGCAGUCCCCCCACCAGAAUGUGUGCGAGCAGGCCGUCUGGGCGCUGGGCAACAUCAUCGGUGAUGGCCCUCAGUGCAGGGACUAUGUGAUAAGCCUGGGUGUGGUCAAGCCGCUCCUGUCCUUCAUCAGUCCUUCCAUUCCAAUCACGUUCCUGCGAAAUGUGACCUGGGUCAUGGUGAACCUGUGCCGUCACAAGGACCCGCCUCCACCCAUGGAGACGAUCCAGGAGAUCCUGCCAGCCCUGUGUGUCCUGAUCCACCACACGGAUGUUAAUAUCCUGGUGGACACUGUGUGGGCGCUGUCCUACCUGACGGAUGCUGGAAACGAGCAGAUUCAGAUGGUGAUCGACUCUGGUAUCGUGCCGCACCUCGUGCCUCUUCUGAGCCACCAGGAGGUCAAAGUUCAGACUGCAGCGCUGAGGGCAGUGGGGAACAUCGUGACGGGCACAGACGAGCAGACCCAGGUGGUCCUGAACUGUGAAGCUCUGGCCCAUUUCCCUGCUCUCCUCACCCACCCCAAGGAGAAGAUCAACAAGGAAGCAGUGUGGUUCCUGUCAAACAUCACAGCAGGAAACCAGCAGCAGGUGCAGGCCGUCAUUGAAGCCAACCUGGUGCCUUUGAUCAUCCACCUCUUGGACAAGGGAGACUUUGGCACCCAGAAGGAGGCUGCCUGGGCCAUUAGCAACCUGACGAUAAGUGGAAGAAAGGACCAGGUGGCGUAUUUAAUCCAGCAGCAAGUGAUCCCGCCGUUCUGCAACCUCCUGACAGUCAAAGACGCGCAGGUAGUCCAGGUGGUUCUGGACGGCUUGAGCAACAUCCUAAAGAUGGCUGACGAUGAGGCUGAGACAGUCGCUAAUCUGAUUGAGGAAUGUGGAGGACUGGAAAAAAUUGAGCAACUUCAGAAUCAUGAAAAUGAAGAUAUCUAUAAGCUGGCGUAUGAAAUUAUCGACCAGUACUUCUCAUCUGAUGAUAUUGAUGAAGACUCAAGUCUGGUGCCCGAGGCCAUCCAGGGUGGAACUUACGGGUUCAAUUCCUCCACUAACGUACCAGCAGAGGGGUUCCGGUUCUAAAGAAGCGUCUGUGAUGGGGGAGAUAGGUCAUGAUGCAGCACUCUGUUCAACAAAAAUUGCGAGCAAGAGAGAGCGAGAGUGUGAGAGAUUAGAUCCAUUGUGCUUGGUUCAUUGGAUCCUUGGCUGCAUUUAAUCCGAGAGCAAUUGUGUGGAUUUCGUUUGGCGUUCCGGGGGGAGCCGGCCCAAAUGGAGUGGCGAUGGAGAGUGGAUGCAAGUGCGAAUGAGUGCUAAAUGUUGCAAACAAACAUCUACACUGAAAUGCUUUGGAGGACAUUCUGAACACUUUGCCGUUAUGACAGGUGUUAUCUAAACCGCAAAAAUAAGAUGUCAAUUGGGAGAGAACCAAGACAUUGAAAUCAAUCAAUUAGAGGAAUCUGGGGGGGUUAACAAAACCAUAUUAGUUUUUGUGGUCCGGUUAGUUGAGGGGAGGAACAGCGAAUGGGAGGUGUCAGGGAGCGCACCCCUCAGGGCCGUGCUGAGUGAAUGGACCCACGUGUGCGAAUGUGUGGACUCGGCCCCGAGGAGCCCGGGCCGUCUCCUCCAAUCCUGGGGCUCCCACCCCACAAGGAGCCAGGGAGGCGGCUCCAGUGGCACGGAGCGUGUGCGAGAGUGGUGGGUGCGUGUGCGUGACUGGGCGUGAGGCUGGGUGUGUACGCAUGCAAUGAAAACAAAACCGAAAUGAGAGCCAGGGGGGGAAAAAAAGCUACUAAAGUUGCCCAUGGAGGAGGCUGAUUUAUUCAGAAAUGGGACACCCCUUACCAGAAAGGAAGAGUAAGGUCUUUCUGUAAACAGGAGAAUGCAUAGAGGCGCAUUGAGAUGUUUAUAAUGUUAGUAUUAAAUGGCACUGGCCGGUGAAAUGGCCACGCGUUUCAGUCCAGUGUCAUUCUUUUUAUUUUCUUUCCCUAUGCUUUUAUUUCCAGUGUUUGUGCAGAAGUGAACUGUUUUAAGCAAGGCUCCCUAUUUACACUGUACCUAGCACCAAAAAUCCAUUUGAUGCUGCAAAUAUCCAUGAUGCCAUCUCUUAGAAUUAAAUUUAUAUGAUCCCUUGCAUGAUAUAAUAUACAUUUUUCUUUUUCUGAAGUGAGAACCACUGAAAGCUUAAAAUUGUCACAAGGGACAUGAGGAAGAAUGGCCAUUUUUAAAUGUGACUUUCAGUCCUAAUAUUUUGCAUGUACUAAUUCUUUAUUUUAGGGGUUUAUUUUAGUUAUCGUGUACAAAGUGUAAUUUUUAUUUGUAGAAUACAGUACAGUUUCAAUGUUUUUCAUCUCCCCCUCACUUUAGUUCCCUGACCCGUUUGCACAUUAACUCAAUCGGCAAAGUGAUGUUCUGCACCAGUGUUUUGACCAUGCAUAAAUGAAAUGUAGCAACACCUUUAACAGUGUGUAGUGUUUUACUGUAUUCCAGGUUUUUUUUUUUUUUUUUUUUUUAAACGAUAAACUAUUAAUCCAACUGGAGCCACAUUGCAGAAUUUCAUGUUUAAGGGAGCUGGCAAUAUGUACCUGAUUUUGAUUUGGGAACUUUUUCUGUAGGGGGGUAUGUGAUAAUCAUGGGUAUUGGGAAAUCUGCUUUGUUUGUCUCAGUCUGGGUAAACACUGUAUAUACACUGAGUACAGAAAGACUGUCAAAACAACCUUGCUGUAUGCCAUGUAUAACAGUUAAGCCCUCCCCCAGUGUCCGCUCUCUUUUGUGUUGUAGUUUAAGACACAAUAGAAAUUGAUUACAUUUUGUGGUCACUAUCUUCUGGAUUUUCUGGGUUAUUUUUGCAGCAUUCCUUGUCAGCAAAGAUGUGAUUUAAAAAAGAAAAACAUUUAAAGGGCAGAGCAAAAAUUAAAAAAAAAAAAUGCUUAACCUGUUGAAGUUAGAUUAUGGGCUAGGUUGUCUUUAAGAAAAUAAAUGCUAAAACUUCA